GCCCCGCCCGGCCCCGCCUCCUUCCUGCGAGCCUGGCUUGUCUUGGUGAUUCCUCCCGGCGCGCUCUACCAGCCUUCCGGUCUCGGCACCCUCGGCUGCGCAGCCAUGGCUCAGCCCUUCUCCUUGUCCGCCUGCGACGUGGUGGGCUUCGACCUUGACCACACCCUGUGCCGCUAUAACCUGCCCGAGAGUGCCCGGCUCAUUUACAACAGCUUUGCGCAGUUCUUAGUCAAGGAGAAGGGGUAUGAUGAGGAGUCACUCACUCUGACACCAGAGGAUUGGGAUUUCUGUUGCAAGGGUUUGGCAUUGGAUCUGGAAGAUGGCACCUUCGUCAAACUUGCAGCCGAUGGCACUGUGCUCAGGGCCAGCCACGGCACCAGGAUGAUGACUCCGGAGGCGCUGGCGGAGGCCUAUGGCAAGAAGAACUGGAGGCACUGUGCGACAGACAAGCACUGUGCUGCGUCAAACGUCGACAUUCCCUGCUGCUCAGGCAAGUGUUACUUCUAUGAUAACUACUUCGACCUGCCAGGGGCUCUCCUGUGUGCCAAGGUGGUGGACUCUUUAACAAAGCAGAACAGAGGUCAAAAAACAUUUGAUUUUUGGAAGGAUGUAGUUGCUGGUAUACAACACAAUUUUAAAAUGUCAGCCUUUAAGGAAAAUUGUGGAUUCUUCUUCCCAGAAAUAAAAAGAAAUCUAGGCAAAUAUGUGCACCGCUGUCCUGAUUCUGUAAGAAGAUGGCUUCAAGAGCUGAAGGCUGCUGGGAAAAUCACCAUGCUGAUCACCAGUUCUCACAGCAACUACUGUAAACUUCUUGGCACUUACAUCCUCGGGAAGGACUUUGCAGACCUUUUUGACAUUGUGAUUACAAAUGCAUUAAAGCCUGGAUUCUUCUCGCAUUUCCCAAACCAGAGGCCUUUCCACACUCUUGAGAACGAUGAGGAGCAGGAGGAGCUGCCUUCUCUGGAUAAACCUGGCUGGUACUCCCAAGGGAACGCCGCCCACCUUUAUGAGCUUCUGAAGAAAAUGACGGACAAGCCUGAACCCAAGGUCGUUUACUUUGGUGACAGCAUGCACUCAGAUAUUUUCCCAGCCCAUCACUAUAGUAACUGGGAGACAGUCCUCAUUCUUGAGGAGCUUCAGGGGCAAGAGAUGGAGAAGGCUGAGGACGCAGAGCCUCUGGAGAAGAGAGGAAAAUAUGAGGAACCAAAGGUAAAGCCUCUAAAUUCCUUGUCAAAUAAAUGGGGCUCAUAUUUUACUGACUCAGUCUCGAGACGAGGGGAUGCAGAAGACUCCUUGGUUUCUACGUGGUCCGCUAGGCGAAUCAGCACCUACAGCACGAUUGCGAUUCCAAGCAUCGAAGCGAUUGCAGAGUUACCCCUGGACUACAAAUUUACAAGAUUCUCUACAAACAAUUCAAAAACAGCUGGUUACUAUCCAUUGGUCCAUUAAGACUUGGGUUCUCAAGAUACAGACAGCAAAAUAAUAUUUACUGAAAAAUGAACCAACUAUAUGUGCAGCAGACACACUGUUAAAAAAAGUUAAUUUUCAAAAAAUGCAAAUGAUUUAUAGGAACAGUUUUUCAGUGAAAAUUGACCAAAUGGGUACUUGUUAAUCUGUUUUUUUAAAAUAUAUAUAAUUUUAUAUAAAUAAUUUUAAUAUUUAGCAGUUCUUGUUAUAGUAAAAUUUUUAGUACCCUAAACUGAACAAGAAUAUGUUUAAUAUUUUCUAUACUAGUAGUUUUGAGGAUUCUCCCAAGAUGAUAACAAACACCUAUGCAAGAGUAUAUUUAUAAGUCUGCCUAGUCCAGCAUUUUCCAAAGCCUGGUCCACAGACUGAUAGCAGAGCAACAUAGAACUUGAAAAUGCAGAUUUGAAUGCCUUGUUCCAAACCUCCUGAAUCAGACACUUUGGGAGUAGGGCCCAGCAAUGGCUUUUAAACAAGCCUUCCAAUGAAUGUGAUUCUCAAUUGUGAUUUGAGACCUAGUGAAUAAACUCUGUGCUCCAAAAAUAGAUUUGUAUAGUUAAAUACAGGUGAAUAUUCAUAUCUUUGAUAUGUCCAUUUCAAAAAGUAUAACCAGAAUUGAUAGCCAACACCAGAGUCUAAUGAAACUCAGUCCUUUUUCCAAGCUACCAAGCUUUUUUCUAUUUCUUCUUUUCCCAAAAUACAUAAAGAGACAUGAUUUCUUGAGAUGAUAUAGCCUUACUCCUUAGUAUUAAUUUCCCCCCUUAGGAAGAAGUUAGAUUUAUACCUGUUAAACUGAGUUCCAGGUUUGUCCUGGGGAAGAGAGGAAGAAAUGGCUGAAGGCAGCACUAUUCAGAGCUGUAUCAGUCCAGUGCAGCUCAGGUAGGUGUGUCCUGGGCGGUUCCCUGAGCUGUGUGAGUAGCAUUUGCAUCAGAUCAUGUGCACACAGGAUGUUUGCCUUCAGUUGAUGGAAGUUCCUGGGUCCUCUUUUGCCUGUUAACUUCACUGUCCAUAAUAGACAAGACUAGAAAACAUCAUUUUUUGUGGAAUUUAGCUUAUUAACAUAUGCACUGAAAAACUAUUUUCUUAAAAUGUGUAAAUGUUCAGAUAAAUCCCAAGUGUACUAUGAGGGUGUUUCUCAGGGUAAUUAAAAGGAUAACAUUUUUCCUUAUCUGUAUCUUUGAUGCUGAUCAAUAAGUUUACAUAAACAGUGAUGUAUUUGAUCUCCAAAAUGUCGUUGGAGUGUUUGUUAUGCUGAGCACGCACAAUCCAGCUUAGGGCCAAAUAAAAGAUGGUAUCUAUUGUAUGCUUUAGUAGAGGUUUCACUUUGCUUUAAAAUAAAACUAUUUUUCCCUA